AUGUUUUUAUGUUUUUUUUUUUUUUUUCCCUUUCUGCCUUUUUAGGUCAUCAAAGAUCCCCCUCCACCUCCACCACCUCCAAAAGAGGAAGAGGAACAAGAACCCUUACCUACCAAGAAAUGGCCCACAGUGGAUGCUUCCUACUAUGGUGGACGAGGAGUCGGAGGAAUUAAAAGGAUGGAGGUUCGCUGGGGUGACAAAGGAUCCACUGAAGAAGGGGCUCGAUUAGAAAAAGCAAAAAAUGCUGUGGUGAAACUCCCAGAAGAACCAGAAGAACCUUUUCAUCCAAAACCACCUAAACCAAAGCCUACCUCACCAGUCAUUCAGGAGAAGUGGUACACACCAAUUAAGGGUCGACUUGAUGCACUGUGGGCACUGUUACGAAGACAGUACGACAGAGUCUCUUUGAUGCGACCACAACAAGGAGAUGAGGUUUGUGCAGCGCGAAUGUAUCAACUGUGGUGGGCAAAAAAGGGGGAUGUUACAGCCAGGGUAUAUCAGCUGCUGAACACUGGUAAUUCCAUGGCCUUAAUGAAAGAAAGCAGUGCAACAAAAAGAAUGGUACAACAGAAAAAAAUAAUGCAUUGGUAAAAAAUGUACACUGAA